AUGGAUAGGAUAAGUGAGCUGCCUGAUGCUAGAGAUGUUGUGUCCACAAUGGUUUUGUCAAAACGAUGGCAGUUUCUUUGGAUGUCUGUGCCAAGACUCGUGUAUGAUGAUAGCUACCAAAACAUUGAGUAUGGGAAGUUCUCGCGGUUUGUGGACAGGUCUUUGAUUAUGCACGAGGCUCCGGUGAUAGAAACUUUGCAUUUCAAGCUUGGCAAAACCUGCGGUGCUGAAGAUCAUAAGGUGUGGAUUAGAGCUGCGAAUAAGUGCUCUGUGCGUGAGCUCAUUAUCGAAAUCGACUGCUCUUCUAGAGAAUCUCCAGUCAUAGUUCCGAGGAUUUUGUACACGGGAUGUACAAAAAUGCUUGCGACACUGGAACUAAAAAACGUGAUUCUUGUCGAUUUCUCCUCGCCGGUUUCUUUCCCCUCCCUUAAAAGUUUGAAACUUUUAUCAGUUAAGUAUCCUGAUGAAGAAUUUGUCAACAGUCUUCUAUCCAAUCGUUAUGUGCUUGAAGACUUGAGAGUUGAAAAAUGUCCAGAUGACAAUGUUACUGUUUUCACCGUGAGAGUUCCUUCUCUAGAAAGGUUAGUCUUGUUUAACUCAGUAAACAGAGAUAUUGAUGAUCAAGAUGGGUUUGAGAUAAAUGCUCCUUUCUUGGAAUCCUUGGACAUUACUUUGGAACGUGGAUUUUGUGUCAUUGAGAAUCAAAUGCCUAAUAUUGCUGAGGCAUCUGUUGACGUUAAGCAUACUCAUCAUGGGGAUAUGUUGAGGUGUAUUCCUUCAGUCAAGUAUCUCUGGUGUUGUUUAUUGGCCUCGAAGGAUUUGUAUCCUGGUGGCACUGUCUUCCACCGUCUUGUACAUUUAUCGCUAUGCACAUGUGAGCCAGAGUGGUUGAAUCUACUUAUGUGUAUGCUCAGAGACUCCCCUAAAUUACGAGCUCUCUCACUUGAGCAGUACUAUGACCUUCUGGCUCAUCAAACGCGCCCUCUCUGGAACGAACCGAGUUCAGUUCCUGAAUGUGUGUUAUCAAGUCUUGAAACUCUCGAAUGGGUAGGCUAUGAAGGAACAAAAGAAGAAAAAGAAGUGGUGGGAUUUAUGUUAAGAAACGGAAGCUGUUUGAAAAAAGUAACUAUCUCCUCCAAUUCCAAUGACCGUGACAAGAAAUUCGAGAUGAUGAAGGAGUUGACUUUGUUCAUCAGGCGUUCACCUACUUGCCAGCUUGCAUUCGACUGA